CCUCCCAGGAAGAAAAAGAGGACGUUAGGCACUUUUCCGUGUGCCCACUGUGACAAAGUGUUCACCAGAUCCGACCAUCUUGCCAGACACAACUUGAACCAUGAGCCCAAGGAGGUGUUUAAGUGUGACUUCGUGAUCGUUGAGUACGGCGGAAACCAGCGAGUUUGCGGCAAGACUUUUGUGCGUAAGGAUCUCCGGGAAAGACACAUGAAAAGACACCUGGAGGCUGCUCAAGCUCCUGCUCCUACUCCUAUUCAGGCUCCAAUACAGGCUGCAAUACACGCUCCUGUUCAGCCUCCAAUACAGGCUCCAAUACAGGCCCCAAUACAGGUACCCCAAGCACAAUUGCCCACACAAGUCCACCAAAGCCCCAGCAACUAUCACAUCCGCCAUCCCACCAAUCCAACGUUCCCUGCGCAGCCUCCCAACCACUACAUUAGCCCCAUCGAAUUCGCUAGAGAUCUCUCCACAGGUAGCACGCUCCCCCAGAGCCAGAAUGAUAUUUUGUCGUGGUUGUUCACCGAGUCUCCACCCAAUAAUAUGGUUCCUGGCAAAAAUAUGAGACUACCUCUUGACUUUCCAUCCCAUCAAUUUAUGUCGUCUCCCUACGGAGGGUCCCAAUUUUCUCCGCCCAACGGAGAAGUUCAGCCAGGUAUGAGCCAACACUUCAGAUCGCCCGACCAAUUUCCACUUCAGGACCUCAACAUCUUUCUGAACGAGGACAAUCCUCUCGACGAGGUGUUCAUCCGCAACCGCGCGCAGACCAACUUCAAGAAUCCCCUCUUGGAUGGUUCCAGCGUAACCACGCCUGCUGGUGCCACUUUUCCUUCCACUGCAUCCUCAAAUUCGCCCACUGAGUCCAGCACCUCUCGCAAGGCUUCUGUGGUAGGUUUCAGUCCUGACUCCAUUCCUCCUGUCAAUUUCGAACCGUUGGAAUCCAAGCUCGCAACCCACCGUCUCAAGCACAACCUCUCCAAUAACCCACAUAUCUUCGUGGAUACUCUUAUCAUUGACCUGUUUUUCAAGGCAGUUCCUCAGCUUUCCAGAAGCAAACUUGUGGCUCUUUUUGACCACGAUGAACUCCAUCAGAACUACACAAUUGAGGACCGCUUGUCAUACUACUUGUCCAUUUAUUGGCUAGUCUUCCAUAAACAAUUUACCUUUCUUCAUGCUCCAUCGUUUGAUACCAAAAGUGCACCACCUCUCUUAUUAUUGGCCAUGAUUUUGAUUGGAUGCAAUUACAGCUCUCCUGACCAAAGCGAGCAUUUGGCCAAAGCAGGCAAAAAGUCGCCAGAAUUCAAAUUCAGCAUGAUGAUUGCGGUUCCUCUCCGGUACUGUAUCUUUGAACACGAGCAUUUUCAGUCACCAGUGAAACUCUGGGUGCUCCAAAGUUUAGUGUUGCUUGAAUGGUGUGAGAAGAACUUCUUGCUGAGAAGAAUGCACGAAAGAGCACAUGUUCACCAUGGAACUACGGUCCAAUUGCUAAGAAGAUCUCCCUUAUUGGGUGGCAACCCGUCUGCCCCAAAAAAGAAUUCCACUUCAGCAUCCGGAUCAGCCACUCUGGCUGGAGAAGACGAUUCAGAUACGGUGACCAAAGAAUUGGCUGCAAAGAAGGACACCUCCGAUUAUGAUUUGUUUGUGAAGUGGGUGGAAGCAGAGUCCAUGAAGAGAAUUACAUUCAUGACCUUUUACCUCGACACUAUAGAUUACAUCAAAUUUCGUCACAAUCCGCAAAUUACAAUUUAUCAAUUGCAGUUAUUGAGUCUUCCAAGUGAUGAUGAUCAAUUAUGGGAGUCCAAAGAUGUCAAUGGCUCUUUCCGCAAAAUUGUAAAGAGACAGAAAAAACUACAAGCUCAAAUGGAAAAUAAGAAGAGGUCCAAAAUUAGACACGGUACAAGCUUCUUGAAUGUACUCAAAAAGCUUCUCAAAUCGUCGCAAGCGUCGGAGCCAACUAACUCCAGCAAUCUUUCAUCAUUCACACGCAAAAUUUUAUUGGCUGGAUUGGUAUCUAUCAUGUACCAUUUGCAACAAGCUGACGAUCAGAACAGUUCGAGCUUGUUGAGUUCCAAUGGUAUCUCCAAUGGUCAACGCAGUAAAAUGUGGAAGGAGACUUUAUCCAAAGCAUUUGAUAAUUGGAAUACAGAAAUUCUCCAAUCUUACACGCAACCCUAUUUGUCACCUGUCAACUUGUCAAUCUUCAAUGACAUCAACACUUCUCAGGUUCCUAUCCCAAUGUAUCAUUUAUCACAAGUGAUAGGAAUGUCGGACAUAAACCAUUUUGACAUAGCUAUAUAUGGUGGAUCACCAGCGAACCAAAGUGUUGAGGCCACUAUCAAGGAUCAAUACAUUGUGCAACGGAAAUUGACUAGCAUGUGGCCCAAGUUUUCACCUCAGCACAAACGGACUGCCAAUGAAUUGAUAAACUUCAAAAGUGUUAUCCACUGCUACAUGCUAUUGUGGCAGUUAAUGUUAAAACCGCUGGAUGACGGUUUAGAUAGCAAUUUCCAAUAUUUGGAGUGGAACGUGAAUCACGAUUUCUUCGACAGUAUGUACGCUGUCAGCAUUUGUACCUUGGUACUUUGGUGCUAUUCAUACUCAACCUUGGGCAACGAGAGUAACAGAUUCAAUGAGAUCCAGGAAGACGAACUACACACUCGAACCUACGAUAAUUUGGUCCAGUUCAGUGCAGAGGGUGGAUACCAGUAUCUUGCAAGAGUAAAACAGGAAUUCCUCACACAAUUGCGGAAGGAUAAUUUGCACAAACAAUGCAUUAUUUAUCCUUUCAAGCCGAAUCAAGAGAGGACGUUUUCACCACAUGAAGCAUUAACCAAAUACUGCGAUAUAUUACCCCACAUCACAAACAAGCAAAAUAUGAGCGGAUUAUGCUUUUUGGUGGGAACCAAGCUAUUGAAUAGCCAAUGGGAGGUGAUCCGCGAAAACGCCAAAUUGAUCUUGAACUGUGGCUAUAGGUCUAUUGGCAAAAAAGAGGUUGUUUGUCAAGACUUAUUU